GCAACUGAGCCAUCAACAGCAGCAACUGAGCCAUCAACAACAGCAACUGCGGCAGUAGCAGCAACAAUAGCAGCGUCACUACCACAUCCAACAGCAGCACCCCCAUCACCACCAAAAGCAUCAGCGUUACCACCACCAUAACCAUUACCAACAACAUCGUCAUUCGAUCAUCGUUUGCAACAACAUGGCACCGUCCUAUAUAGUGAAUCACUGUGGAAUAUACGUCGGCUGGUUACUCAUGGCGUUGUGUUUCAUAGCUGAGUACAGCUGUCAUCCAAAUAGUCAUCUUAAUUUCAGAACCGCAAAGCCUGUUCAACCUCCCUGUAAUACAACCGAGUGUUUGAAACUAAAGAAAGAACUAAAGCAAUUACACCGCAUACAUGUGAUACAACAGCAUAUAAGCAUUGCAUUGAAUAGAACCAAACACAGACAAACGUCCACCAUGUUUAACAAUGUAAGUGAACCGACAGCGAAUGCUACCAGCCACAGUCACAAAUCGAUAAAACCAAAUUUCAUGCGUACAUUUUUACCAUCAAUAGGUACAAAACAUAAGAAUAUACUAAAGUUCAACGUUCGCCCGGAUAAAGGUCACACGAAGGUCGUAACGGCGCAAUUAUUGGUAGUAAUCAAGAGAAAACUGAACAAAAGAUCGAAGCAGAAACACAAAUCAAGACAGAAGAGACGAGGCAAACGUAUCACAAUAAAGGUUCACGAAGUGAACAGCACUUCCGGUGAGGAGAGGCUUUUGCAAACGCUGAAAAAGCGUGUAAAGAAGACUUACCUACAGAAUAUUAAACUCCCGGCGGAAGUGUUGCAGCGCUAUGUCGAUAUGGACCAAUCAAACGUUAAAACCGACAAAAAUAUUCUGCAGUUGAAAGUGACGUGUCAGCGUUGCGGUAAGAAAAUCCGGCCGUUUUUGGCCAGUCGUUCGAACCGAAAGAAGCAGCUUCGAUCGCUAAAGGAUCGCUAUCAUGUAAAACCACUAAUUGCUCUGGAUCACUAUACAACAUAAAUAUACGGUGCUCUAUUGUAUUUUUA